GCGCAGGUUGAGCGCUGACGGCGAGCCGCCAGCUUGCGUCCCGAGACGCCGGACCUUAGUGGCGGCGGGACCAGCGGCCCAUGGAUGAGGGCGGACCUUGUCGGGUUUUGGCGCCACGGAGAGACACUGAGAGCUAUCCAUCCAGAGUCCUCUGUGUGUUUCCAAGAGGAACAGACAAUGAGGAAAUCUCCGGUGUUGGUGUCCUUUGAUGAUGUUUUUGUGAGCUUCACACGGGAGGAGUGGCAGGUCCUGGACAAUGCUCAGCGGGCCCUGUACGGGGACGUGAUGCUGGAGACCUACCGCAGCCUGGUGCUGUUGGGACAGUGCAUCACCAAACCUGAGGUGAUCUUUAAGCUGGAGCAAGGAGUAGAGCCAUGGACGGGAGGAGAACCCCACAAUCAGAGUCCUCCAGAUGUCCAGGAAGUGGAUUACACAAUUAAGUCCAGCCACAACAGUGAAGGCAGAUGCUUGUGGCAAGUUGUUCUUACCACCAAUAACACAUCAGUUGAGGAGAGAGUCAGAUUUGGAUUUGAGCUUAAAGUGCUUGAGUCAAAUUUUGGUCUGAGCUCAAACCACUGGAUUAUAAAUCCUGGAAACUCCUCAGCAGUGAAGCAUCUCCUUAAUGAGCCUGCUGAGCUGGGUGCUGGAGAGGAACUGGGCCAGUGUCAUCUAACUGGGAAAUCCCUGAGAUGUGAUGAGCAUUUUCGUCAGUAUUCCAAGAUUCUGACUGGGCAGCAGGAUUUUCAAUCUGGUACACAAUGGAAAGCCUUCACCAAGGAGGCAAAAUUAUUAAAAGAAUGUAUUACACAAGAGAAGGGUCCUAUGGGACAGGCCUGCUGGGAUCAUAUUGAAUCUGGGGAAGCCUGUGAGAAGCCUGCUCUCAUUGCUACAGUAGGAGGAAAACCUCUAUAUAAAAACUGUGAUCUCACUACACAUCAGACACACAUAAGGGAGAAAUCCUGUGAAUCUAGCAAAUGUGAGAAAGACCUCAUUGUACAACAGAAGAAAUAUUCAGAGAAAGAUCCCUGUGCAUUUGAUCAAUGUGAGAAAUCCUCCUACCGUAGGUCAUACAUAACUGUGCAGCAGAGUUUUUCUAGUGAGGAAAAGCUCUAUGAAUGUGAUGAAUGUGAAGAAGCCUUUCAGAGUAAGUCAGGCCUCAUGAAGCACAAGGGUAUUCAUACUUGGGGGAAGUUAUAUGCAUGUAAGGAAUGUGGGAAGUCUUUUUGCCGCAAGUCAGGUCUCACUAUUCAUGAGAAAAUUCACAGUGGAGAGAAGCCCUAUCAAUGUACUAAAUGUACAAUAGCCUUUCGCAAGAAGUCACAACUCCGGAGGCAUUGGCGAAGAAUUCACACAGAGGAGAAAACCCAUGAAUGUAAUGAAUGUGGAAAAGUCUUUUACAGGUUGUCACAACUUAUAGAUCAUCAGCGUGUUCACACAGGUGAGAAGCCCUAUGAAUGUGGUCAGUGUGGGAAAUCUUUUGGGAAGAAGAUGUACCUGACAAAGCAUCAGCAUAGGCACACCGGUGAGAAGCCCUAUAAAUGUAGUCACUGUGGAAAAUCUUACAGCCAGAAGAUACACCUCACUCAACAUGAGACAGUCCAUACCAGGGAGAAACCUUAUGAAUGCAAUAAGUGUGGGAAAUUCUUUGGCCAGAAGACUUAUCUCAUUAAACAUCAGAUGACACACACUGAGGAGAAGCCCUAUGGAUGUGAUCAAUGUGGAAAAUUCUUUAGUCAGAAGAUUUACCUGACUAACCAUAAGGUGACACACAUUGUAGAGAAACCCUAUAAAUGUAGUGACUGUGGGAAAUCCUUUGCUUAUAAGUCAUACCUCACAAAACAUCUGUUGACACAUACUGGGGAAAAACCCUAUGGAUGUGAUCAAUGUGGAAAAUUCUUCAGUCAGAAGACUUAUCUCAUGAACCAUAAAGUGACACAUAUUAUGGAGAAACCCUAUAAAUGUAAUGACUGUGGGAAAUCCUUUGCUUAUAAAUCAUACCUCACUAAACAUCUGUUGAUACACACUGGGGAGAAACCCUAUGGAUGUAACCAGUGUGGAAAAACUUUUCGUCAGAUUUCAUACCUUAGCAUACAUGAGAGAACUAAACAUGGGAAAGAAGCUCCUGUGAAUGUGCAAAAAAUUUCUCCAGUCACAUCUCCACAAACAGAGAAGUAACAGUGGAAAAAUCUUGCAUGGCAGGUACUAGCUGUGCGUCCUCAAACCAUUUACUUUUUUCUCGCACACAGCCCACAUUUCCUAGCCUUGCCAUAGUAUGGUUUUCAGUUGACUAAUUUCUGCCUGGGUAAUGCCUACAACAUGUGAUGAACAUUAUAUAUGAUUAUGAUAACAGAAAGAUAUUGACCAUGCAGUCCUCUGAGAUUUUUCAUAUUUUAUGAGACUAAAAUGCUACUAACCCUCAGGAUGGCCUUGAAGUAAAAAUGGGACAUGGUCACUGUGACUUCAGAUAGAUGAAGUGAAUAAAGAUCUUUCUGUCUUUGCCUCAGCAUUUUAUCUUUGUUACAC